AUGUCGGCGCAGCGCCCUCCAGACAAGAAGUUCAGCGCUGAGGAUGAAGCGAAAGAGCGCGAGGCCCUUGGCAGAAUCAUCUUCGCGUUCCGCUCAUACGCCGCCGACGCCGAGGCCGAGAUCUGCAGAUGGCAGUCCACGUUCUCCCGCCUCCCGCCCCGCCACCGCGCGCUGCUCGCGGCGCCGCACGCCGAGAAGGUCUCGGCUGCGCGGCGCGCGGCGAGGACCAAUCGGCAGCUGAUUGAUGCGAUCCUCGCGGCCUUCAAAGAGGACAAUGAGGAGGACCAGGCGCCGCCACACCUGACAGGGGCGGCGGCCGAGGCCGACCGCAUGGCCAAGGAGGCCGCUGGCUGCUCGCCUGGAGACACAGAGAAGGUGCGGCGGGCCGGGGCCGGGCGGAGCGGCACGCGCAGGAGGGGCGGCGGCGGCGGCGCGGUGCGCUACGUGCUGAAGAACCUGGCGCGCGACUGGAGCGCGGAGGGCGCGGCCGAGCGCGCGCAGUCGUACGGCCGGAUAUGCGGCGAGCUGGCGCGCCUGUUCCCAGACAGGCACGCGCGCCCGCGCCCGCCGCGCGUGCUCAUCCCCGGCGCCGGCCUCUCGCGCCUGAUGGUGGAGGUCGCGGCGCUGGGCCUGGAGGCGCAGGGCAACGAGUUCAGCUACUACAUGCUGCUGGGCGGCAGCUUCAUGCUCAACCACGCGGUGUGCAGGGACCAGUGGACGCUGCACCCCUGGCUGCACUCCAACCUGAACCACCUGCGGCCCGUGACCGUGCCGGAUGUGCACCCAGCAGAGGUGGUCGAGCCGGGCCUGCUCUCCAUGUGCGCGGGAGACUUUGUGGAGGUCUACUCGGCGCCGGAAAUGCGGGGGUCCUUUGACUGCGUGGCCACGUGCUUUUUCAUUGACACGGCCCACAACGUGCUGGACUACUUGGAGGUCAUACACCACGUCCUGCGGCCUGGCGGCUACUGGAUCAACCUGGGCCCCCUGCUGUGGCACUGGGCGGACGCCGGCCCCGAGCACCUGAGCCUGGAGCUCCCCUUGGCGGAGGUGCACCGGGUGGCGCGGCUCAUGGGUUUUGAGGCGGUGCGGCACGAGUUUGUGGAUGCUGCAUACAUAGCCAACCAGCGGGCCAUGCACAAGACGGUGUACCAGGCGGCGUUCUGGACCAUGCAGCGAUCAGAUACGGAGCUGCCGCACGACACCGCAGACCUGCUGGCUCACUUGGCAGCGCUGCAACGGCAGGAGCAGCAGCAGAAGCAGCCGCAGCAGCAGGAGCAGCAGCAGGAGCAGCAGCAGGAGCAGCAGCAGGAGCAGCAGCAGCAGGAGCAGCGGGAGCAGCAGGAGCAGAAGCAGCAGCAGCAGCAGGAGCAGCAGCAUCAAGAGCAGCGUUGUGAGAAGGCGCAGCAGCAAGGCAAGCAUGGGCAUGCACACCAAGGGCAAUUGGGACCCAUACAGCAUGCAAAUGAGCGGCCACAGCAGGCGGCUCUUGAAGCCAAAGCAAGGUCGCCGAUCGCGCCGAGCAGAGGCGGCGGUCAGGCAGAUGGGGGACGCAUGGAGCCUGAGGCGCGGCGCGCUGCUGCAGCAGGAGAGGGCCGCGGUGAUGCCACUGAUGAGGAGGAAGACGGGCGGUGGGAGGACGUGCUCAGGGAUGGGGAGCAGCAGCAGCGGGACACCGGGAACGUUUAG